AUGUCAAUAUCCAUAACGAAUAUAAUACGAUCUUGCAGUAUACGAUGUAUACUUUCAAAAUUAAAAAAAUACUCCAAAUUUAUAGGACCUGGUUUAAUGGUAUCUGUUGCAUUUCUAGAUCCUGGUAAUUAUUCAACUGCUGUAUCAGCAGGUUCAGCUUAUAAAUAUAAUUUAUUAUUUUCAAUAUUUUUAUCAAAUUGUUUAGCUAUUUUUCUACAGACAUUAGCAGCAAAAUUAGGAGCUGUAACUGGAUUAGAUUUAGCAGCAAAUUGUAAAGAACAUUUUGAAUUUAAAACUAAUCUUGUAUUAUAUAUAAUGACAGAAAUUGCAAUAAUAGCAACUGAUUUAGCUGAAGUAGUAGGGACAGCUAUAGCAUUAAAUAUUUUAUUUAAAAUACCAUUAUUUUUAGGAGUUAUAGUAACAGUUAUUGAUGUAUUAAUAGUAUUAGCUGCAUAUAGACCAAAAGGUCCGUUAUUAUUUAUACGGAUAUUUGAAUCAUUUGUUUCCAUAUUGGUGGCAGCAACAGUUGUAUGUUUUGGAAUACAACUUUAUCAAGUAAGUCAUGAUAGUUCAAUUAAUUUUUCAGUAAUAGAAGUUUUUAAAGGUUUUUUACCAAAUGAAGAUGUUAUAAAUAUGUCAGAAAGAGAAGGAGGUAAUGGAUUAUACUUAAGUUUAGCAAUUUUAGGAGCUACAGUUAUGCCACAUUCAUUAUAUUUAGGAUCUGGAUUAGUUCAAUCAAGAUUAAAAGAUUUUGAUAUUAAAAAUGGCCAUUAUAUACCUUGGAAUAAAGAUAAAAAUCAAUCGGAAAUUUCAAUUCAAAAUAGUGAAUUUACAAUAUCUGAUGAAUCACCAGAAGAAAAUGAUUUAACACCAGAAGCAACACCUUAUAAUCCAGAAUUUGAAAAAGAUGGAGAUGAUAUAACUCUUGAAGAUGACGAAGAAGAAGAUCAUUAUAGGCCAUCAAUACAUGCAAUCAAAGAUACAAUGAGUUAUACCAUUAUCGAAUUAGUUAUUUCAUUAUUUACAGUUGCACUUUUUGUAAAUUCUGCUAUUUUAAUUGUCGCUGGUGCUACCUUAAAUAGCCCCAAGAUGCAUGAUUCAAGAGAUGACCAUGAUGAUGGUAAUGACUCAGAUUCAGACAAUGAUGAUGAUUAUCAAAAUGCUGAUUUAUUUACAAUAUAUCAUUUAUUAACAAAACAUUUAUCCCCAACUGCAGGAUUUGUAUUUGCAUUAGCAUUGUUAUGUUCUGGUCAAAGUGCUGGAGUUGUUUGUACAUUAGCUGGACAAAUGGUUAGUGAAGGAUUUUUAUCUUGGAGUUUACCACCAAUUACAAGAAGAUUAAUUACAAGAGGUUUGGCUAUUGCACCAUGUUUAUUUGUUGUCACAUUUGCGGGCAGAGAAGGAUUAGCAAAAACAUUAAAUGCAAGUCAAGUUGUUUUAUCCUUAUUAUUACCAAUUGUUAGUGCUCCAUUAAUUUAUUUUACUUGUAACAAGAAAACAAUGAGAGUUCCAAUAUUGGUUAGAGAUGGUGAUGAAGAAGUUGAUAUUUUAUUUGAUUCAAACGAUGAAAAUGGAGAAUAUAUACCCAAUAAGUUUAUAGUUAGUGAACCAGCUAUAAGAUUACAAGAUUUAAGAAAUUCACAUCCUUGUGCAGGUUGGGAAGAAGAUGAAGAAGAUGAAUUACAUCAAAAUCAUAAUCUUAAUGAAGAAAAUAGAAGAUUAAUGGCAGAUGAAUCAGGAGCAUAUUUUAAAUCUCAAAGUACAAUGAAAAGUAGAUCAAAUUCUGUAACUCAAUUAACUAAUGAAAUUUCAGGAAAUUCAAGUAUAUCGUCAUCAACAAAUCGAUCACCAAUUAUAAAUAAUGUAGAAACAACUACAUCUUCAUCAAAUGAUAUCUAUAGAAUAAAAGGUUAUAAAGAUUUUAGUAAUAGUACUUUAACAUCAGUUUGUGCAAUUUUGAUUUGGACAUUUAUAACCAUAUUGAAUCUUUAUUUGGUAUUUAGUAUGUCUUUAGAUAUUUGA